CCUCGUUUUGGUGUUUCCUUUGUUCUUGGUUCGAAGAUUAUAUACAUACAUGUCUUGAAGCUAAAGCCACCAACAUCACACCAACCAUUGGAUCUACUGACCUCUUACCUUCUUCUCCAUUGAUCCGUUUCUCUCUCUAACGGAGAGAUUUUUCAUUUUGCUUUUGGUGGUGAGUUUUUGGCACGUGUAAGGAGCAAUGGCACGCAAGAAGAUCAGAGAGUAUGAUUCUAAGAGAUUGUUGAAGGAGCACUUUAAGAGAUUCUCUGGCCAGGACUUGCCUAUCAAGUCUGCACAAGUUACAGAAACCACCAAUUUCAAUGAGCUAGCAGAGAAGGAACCCUGGCUUUCAUCUUCAAAACUGGUUGUGAAACCUGAUAUGCUAUUUGGUAAGCGUGGAAAAAGUGGGUUGGUUGCCUUGAAUCUGGAUUUGGCAGAAGUUGCUUCUUUUGUGAAAGAGCGUCUUGGCAAAGAGGUUGAGAUGGGAGGAUGCAAGGGACCUAUAACAACUUUCAUUGUUGAACCAUUUAUCCCUCACAACGAGGAGUUUUACCUUAACAUUGUCUCAGAGAGACUAGGGAACAGCAUAUGCUUUUCUGAAUGUGGAGGAAUUGAAAUUGAAGAGAACUGGGAUAAGGUCAAGACUGUGUUUAUGCCAACAGGAGUGUCUCUUACAUCAGAGAAUAUUGCUCCACUUGUUGCAACCCUUCCUUUGGAGAUAAAGGGAGAAAUUGAGGAAUUUAUCAAGGUGGUUUUCACUCUAUUUCAAGACCUGGAUUUCACGUUCUUGGAGAUGAAUCCUUUCACUUUGGUCAAUGGAAAGCCUUAUCCUCUGGAUAUGAGAGGCGAGCUAGAUGACACUGCUGCUUUCAAAAACUUCAAGAAAUGGGGAAACAUUGAAUUUCCGAUGCCAUUUGGAAGGGUUAUGAGUUCUACAGAGGCUUUCAUCCAUGGCUUAGAUGAAAAGACAAGUGCAUCUUUAAAAUUCACAGUGUUAAACCCAACGGGUCGAAUUUGGACAAUGGUAGCUGGGGGAGGUGCUAGUGUCAUUUAUGCUGAUACGGUAGGAGAUCUGGGUUAUGCUCCUGAGCUUGGAAAUUAUGCAGAGUAUAGUGGUGCACCCAAGGAAGAUGAGGUCUUGCAAUAUGCCAGAGUUGUAAUUGAUUGUGCAACUUCAAAUCCUGAUGGCCAGAAGCGAGCCCUUGUGAUCGGGGGAGGAAUAGCUAACUUUACUGAUGUCGCUGCUACAUUCAGUGGCAUAAUUCGAGCUUUGAAGGAGAAGGAACAAAAGCUAAAAGAAGCAAAGAUACACAUAUAUGUGAGGAGAGGAGGUCCCAACUACCAGAAGGGUCUAGCAAAAAUGAGGGCACUUGGACAGGAGAUUGGCAUUCCCAUUGAGGUUUAUGGACCUGAAGCUACAAUGACUGGUAUAUGCAAACAAGCAAUUCAGUGCAUCACUGCUGCUGCUUAGUUAUCUAUUCUUAGGCCAUUUCCUUCUUUUGCAAGUAUUUUCAUGGCUAGUUUGAAGUGAUUGUUGAUUCUUAAUUCCCUUUACCACUCAGAAUUGAGAACUUUGGUGAGUUAGAGCAUAGGCUAUUACAAAUCUAGUCAUAUAAUAAAGUGGUAUAUAGGGUGUUCUGUAUCAUGUAGAAUUCUGAUAGUGUCGUCUUGAAACAAUAAAGUAGUUAAUUCAUUUGU